AUGCCUGUUGUAUCUGUGCACAUUAAAGUAAAAAGUGUAAAAGUAAACUGGAUUGGUGUUUCUGUACCUAAAAAUAUUACAGUAAAACAGUUUUAUGAAGAUCUUGUUGCAGGAAAAAUUGUUCCUGAG